AACUCCACGUGGCCAGCCCGUCUGAGCGAGGUGCGAACCCACGAACGAACUCCGACUCCGAUUCCGGCUAAAACACCAAAACUCCACGACUCCGACUCCACAGCCCUGCUUCUACGGUCUUGAGAGUAACCGGUCGAAUUCGUCACGAGUAAACUUUGGACGCUAUGUUGUAUAUACUAUUUCCAAGUUUUGGAUAAAACUUUAAAAGAUAAAAAAAUAAUCGUUUUAUAUAUUAAUUGAUUUUGAAUAUAUAAUAUAUAUAUUAUAUAUAUAUAUAUUUUAGAUUGAACUAAAAUAGAUAGGAUCUGGAAACACGUGAACGACAGACUGGCGAAUUUGGAAAGAAAACAAAACAAAUACGACAUGAAUCCGUUAGCAUCGGGAUAAUCAGGCUGUACCUGUAUAUUUCGUUUCGAGUAAUGGUUAGAGUUAGAUAACUAAUAUAAUACAAAAUAAUGAGCGGAGGAUUAGUACCUAGUAAAAGCACGGUUUAUGUUGGAAAUCUUCCCUUUUCUUUAACUAAUAACGAUCUUCAUCAGAUUUUCGAAAAAUAUGGAAAAGUUGUCAAAGUUACUAUACUAAAAGACAGAGAAAACAGACAAAGUAAAGGAGUGGCUUUUGUGUUAUUUAUUGAUAGAGAAUCAGCUUAUCGGUGUAUUAGAGCAUUAGAUAAAAAGGAACUUUUUGGAAGAACUUUAAAGUGCAGCAUUGCAAAAGAUAAUGGUCGAGCUUCUGAAUUUAUAAGAAGAAAAAUUUACAAAGACAAAUCUCGUUGUUAUGAAUGUGGAGUAAGUAUAAUAUGUUAUAUAAAUUAUAGAGAAGAAGAUGAAGAAGAAGAAUGUAGUGAUGAUGAUGAAGGUGAAGAUCCAGCGUUAGAAAGUUUAAGUUCUGCUAUUCAGUAUCAGAGUACAUCUGUUAGAGAAGAAGAUGAAGAAGAAGAAUGUAGUGAUGAUGAUGAAGGUGAAGAUCCAGCGUUAGAAAGUUUAAGUUCUGCUAUUCAGUAUCAGUUACANAAAAUUAGAGAAGAAGAUGAAGAAGAAGAAUGUAGUGAUGAUGAUGAAGGUGAAGAUCCAGCGUUAGAAAGUUUAAGUUCUGCUAUUCAGUAUCAGCAGCAACUAGUAGAAGAAGAGAAGCGAAAGAACAGGGAGAACGCGGAAGGCAUGUCGAGUAACUCUUCCCCUUCCAACGCCAAAAAGCUUCGCUUCCGCCAGAGUUCGUAUUUUAGCGACGAAGAAGAGAUCGAAGAUAAUUAAUUUUUGUCGUUUUAAAAUUAUGUAAAUAGAAGCAAGCAAACAUUCACCACCUUUGUAAAUAUAAACAUUAAAAAGUAAAUAAAUAGAAGGACAGAGAAAUUAUCCCAGUCAGUGUUGUUACGUAACGUAAUUAAAAAU